AUGACUGAUCAUAAACCACUAGUGGGAUUAUUUAAUCCAGAUAAACCAAUAUCACAGCAUAUAUCACCUAGAAUGUUAAGGUGGUCGUUAAAGUUAGGCGCUUACCAGUACAAGAUUAAAUUCCGAGAAGAGAAAUAUCACCAGAAUGCAGAUGCAUUGAGCCGGUUACCUUUAAAUGAUGUAAACCUACAAAUACCUGAAAUAUUAUACUGCAAUGAGGCUGAAGAACAGUUUUUGAUUACGGCGAAAGACAUUGCACAAGCAACCAGAAGAGAUCCAGUACUAUCAAAAGUAAUGUGGCAUAUCCAAAGGAAAGAUACAGUUUUGCCAUAUAAGUCAAUCCAGUUUAAACCGUUUGAGAAUAAAAUCCAGGAACUAUCAGUGAAUGCACAAUGUUUGUUAUGGGGAGCCAGGGUAAUAAUACCAGCAAUACUACGUCCCAGAAUACUUGACAUGUUGCACGAAGUUCAUCAAGGCAUGUCGACAAUGAAAGCAGUUGCGCGCAGCUUUUUUUGGUGGCCUGGUUUAGAUGAAGACAUAGAAAUGUUAGCCAGACGUUGUGAAAAGUGUGCAUGUAACGAAAAGAAUCCUCCUGUAGCAGCAAGUAAACCAUGGCCAGCAACGCUAAGGCCAUGGUCACGGUUACAUAUUGAUUAUGCGGGACCCUUUAUGGGUACAAAUUUUUUUAUCGUCGUAGAUGCUCAUAGCAAGUGGGUAGAGGUAAAAAUAACCAGUACAAUAAAUACGAUUAGAACAAUCGAGUUAAUGAGAGAAAUUUUUACAACACAUGGAAUACCAGAUACCAUUGUGUCCGAUAAUGGGCGAACGUUUGUGUCAGAAGAAUUUGAGAAAUAUUUAAAACUUAGCGGUAUAAAGCACAUACGUACGGCACCGUAUCAUCCAUCAUCAAACGGGCAAGCAGAAAGGUUUGUACAAACCAUCAAGAAUUACCUUAAGAAAAUGCAGUCUUCAGACAUCAAUAAGAAUUUGGCAAAUAUACUUUUGCAUCUGCUUACAACUCCUAAUGUAAAUUGA